AUGUAAUAUAAAACAACAAUUAUCUCAACUGAAAAUAUAUUCGACUACUAUGAGAUUAUUCCUGAUUAGGUCUAGGUUUAAGAAAUCAAAAAGAAUAGAACUAUAUUAAAAUUAAGGAUGAAAAAUGAAUAUAGAGAGACGUUAAAAAAAAAAGAAAUAGAGAAAAUAGGAGAGAAGUUGCCAGAUGAUAUAAAGAGGUUAUUUAGUUCAUUGAAGAAGUUACAAACUUUGAUAAUUAAUGAUUUUCGAAUAAAGAGUAUGGGUGAGGAAUUGAAAGAAAUAGAGGAGAAAUAUAGCACUGAAAGGAAAUAUAUUGCUUUUGAUAUCAAGAAACUUGAUUUAAAAUAAAAUGAAGUGAAAAUCAUUAGAAGAUGUAAAUAUCUGGGUAUUUAAUAACCCUUGGUAUUGUAUAUGCAUAACAAAAACAAUACAUAUUUAUUGUUUAAUGAUAUCCUGGAGUAUUAAUUGUCGGAUGAAAAAUUAAAAACAUUAACAAAAUACGAUCUUAAUAGAAUAUUAGUAUAAUUAAUAUUACGUAUGUAAUUUCUUUAAAUUUUAAGUUUUCAAUGAGUUUGAGCAAAGAAAUUUUUAUUGGUAAUUAAGUGAUUUAAGUUAGCUCUAUUAUAUCGAAGAAAUUCUCUAAACGUUAGUUAUUGAUUAUGUAAGAAAUGAAAACAAGUAUGAAAGAGAACAACUAUUCAAACAAUUGAGUAAUUUAUUUUAAUAUUCUAAGUCGCCAAACAUUUCUCCAAGCUUUUAACAUCGCUAAAAAUUGAUAUUUUCCAAUAAGAUGAUUAAUUUAGAAAUUUUUUGAAGAGUUUAAUGGAUCAGGAAGGAAUUAAAUCAGGACUAAAUGAAGUUGAAGCUGCUUAUGAAUAAACAAUCAAAUGGCUGUUAAAUGUAACAGAUUUUAAAUUAACAUAUUACACUCCUUACUGUAUUAUUAAAUAGUUCGAAACCCCUUAAUAGAUUAAAAAACUAAUACAUAAUUUGCCUGAAAGGAUGGUUUUUAAAUAGAAAAGAAUUCAUGAGAGCCAUAAGUUUUAUAUUCAACUAAGAAUAAACUUAGAAAGAGAAAUUGAAAUUUCAGAAAAAAAUAUGGAGUAUAAAUAAUUAUCAUCAUGUUUAUUUUAUAUUAGAAUAUUAGGAAAACCAUUUCUUUUUAUGAAAAUGUAUAAGUACCAUCUUGGUGUUAUAUUAUAAUAAUGGACCUAGAGGCAGAAUAUUGAAUACUAGAAAUUAAAAGUCUAUCACUUAUGUGAAAGCUUUUCAACUGCAAUUUUUGGGUUGAGGUUGGGUAAUUUUAUUCAUAGAGAUUUGAAGCCUCAAAAUAUAUUUUUAGAUGAUUGGGAUGAGAAUGAUAUUGAGUUUAUGCUAAGAUAAUAAAUUGUUAUUGCUGAUUUUGAUAGAUCAAAAAUAGAUGAUUCUUCUAAAUAAAAAGGAUAAAUAGAAUAAUUUGGAGGCUUUAGCAGCCUUUACUCAGAAGAUUAAAUAUAACAAUAAGAGUCAGAAUAUUUAGCAUAACAAUAAGAGUCAGAAUAUUAUAGAUAACAAGACCAAGAAAAAAGGGAAUAUUAAAAAAAUAUUGGAAAAAUAUAACAAUGUGGUCAUCAACAAAAAAUGUAGAAAACAACAAUGACUGUAUUAAACUCAGAAAAUACUGAAUAAUAUGACCCACCAGAAAUUGAACAAACAUUUAAGUAUGAUGUUUGGCAAUUUGGCCUUAUCUGCUUAUCCAUUGCUAAUAAAGGUGUUUUUGCUGGAUAUAAAUUUGGAGGCAGAGGUCUUAAUGAUGAAGAAUAUAAGUAAUAUUAUUCACUUGAAGCAAUAAAAAAAACUUUAAGUCACACAGAUUAUUCAGAAAAUUUUUUGAAGCUGUUGGCACAAUGUUUGGAAUAAGAUUACAAAAUUAGAAAACCUCCUUAUGCAGAAGAAGGGAAGGAAAAAACAGAGUUGACUGGUAUAUUAUGGAAAUUGCGUAACGAAGAGUAUGAAAAAUAUAAAAAUGCACAAAAAAAAUAAUAAAUAAUUUAGUAAUGA